AUGGAUUUCUAUGAACAAAGUUCACAGUUUUCAUUACCACCACCACCAAUAAUGUCAGAAUUACCACCACCACCAUCAUCAUCAACAAUGUCGGAUCUUCCAUUACCAAUGCCUGACAUUUCUACAUUACCACCACCAAUGUUUGAUAAUAAUAAUAGUAGUAGUAGUACAAAUUCAGAGGGUAUAGACCCAUCGUCAUUACCACCACCAUCAAUGGUUGACCUACCUCCAAUUCCAUCAGGUUGGAAUGAAUGUGAUGGAACUGAAUUAAUACCAGAGAUAGAUCCAUCUGUUAGAUUAAAUGCAAUCAUUGUAAUUCAAUCAUCUUGGAGAGCAUUCAGAGAGAGAAGACAAUAUAAACUAUUUUUAAAGGCUGUGGUUAUAGUUCAAAAAGUAUACAGAGGUUUUUUAGCUAGAAAGCUCUAUAAAAAAUUAUAUGAAGAAUCGCGUUGGUUAAGAGAAACACCACCUCCAACUGGUCCUGCUUUACAAAUUAUUAAAAAAGCAAGAGGUGCAGGUGGUAGAUCUAGACCAACUAGAGGACAUAAAGUAGCAACAAAAGAAAUUGAAAAUUGUACAAAUAAUAAUAAUAAUGAUGAAAAUAAUAAUAAUAAUACUGAUGAAAAUGGUGAAGGUGGUGGUGAGGGUAACGAGUCAUCAUCAACCGAUAAACCAAAAUUAGUAAUGAUGGGUACAGGUAUGGUAAUUCCAAAAUUCGAUCCAUCUUCAAUCAUGUUAAAAAGAGCACCAAAAGAAGGUAGACAUAGUAUUGCUUCUUUUGAUUCUUUAACAAUUAAAUCAAAAAGUGCAGAGAAUGAGGGUGGUUCAUCAAGUGAACCAAAUUCACCAUUUGCAUUAAGAAAAACUGUAAAUAGACCACCUAUUCAACAACAACCACCACCACCAGAUUCAUCACCUGUCUCUUCUUUUUCACCUUCAAAUCUUAGAAAGACAGCUGUAAUUAAUUCUUCACUACCUCCAAUCAAUGAUCAUGAUUCACCUUCAAAAUUACCACCAUUUGUAUUAAAGAAAGCACCAUCAACAAAUCAAUUAAGUUCAAGUGAAGGUUUACCACCUCCACCACCAUCAUUAUCUUCAUAUGGUGAUUUACCACCACCUCCACCACCACCAUCAUUCACAUCAUUUGGUGAUUUCCCACCACCACCACCACCAUCAAUUUCAGAUUUACCACCACCAAUUAAUUUUAAUACAAAACCACCAACACAACCUCCACCACCAAUUCCAAAACAAAUGUCACAAUCAAAUUUACCACCACCACCAAUUAAUUUUAAUACAAAACCACCAACUAUUUCAGCUACAGAUAUUCCAUUACCUUCAAUUGAUUUACCACCUAUUAGACAACCAUCACUUCCAUACCAUGUAUCAUCACCAAAUCUUCCAACACCACCAAGUUUUAAUGCGAAAACAGUGUCACCAAAUUUCCCACCACCAAGAUUAACAACUGAUAAUGUACCACCACCAAGAGUACAAAAUGAUAAUCAUAAUUUACCACCUCCACCUCAAAUUGUAAAUUUACCACCAAUUAAUUUUAAUAAUUCAAAUUUACCACCACCACCACCAACAUCCUCAUCAAUGGGAAUACCUAAUAAUUUACCAUCACCAAUUAAUUUACCAUCACCAAUUAAUUUACCAUCACCAAUUAAUUUACCACCACCAAUUACAGCAAAUCAACCACAACCAAAUCUAUAUAAUAAACCACCACCAAAAUUACCAUCUCAAUCAAAUUUAUCAUUACCAAAUAAUUUACCACCACCAAUUACAGCAACAAAGAUAUUGAAACCAGGUUGGGAAGUAUUUACAACACAAGAAGGUAAAAAAUAUUUUUCUAAUAGAUCUCAAAAUUUAACUACUUGGAAUGAAAAUGAUGCAUAUGAUACAACUGUUUCAACACAAUCAUCAUCUCUACCACCACCUCCUUCACCAUCAUCAAAUGAUUGGGAAGAACUAAUGACAAAAGAUGGUAAAAAGUAUUAUUACAAUAGAGCAACCAAUGUUACAAAAUGGGAUAAACCAAUUUCAAAUCCAACUUCAGAGAUUAGUAAUUCACAAUCUCAUAUACCAAAUCAAUCAUUAAAUCAAUCACCAGUUCAACAAUCACAACAACAACAAAAAACCCAACCAUCACCAUCAUCAUCAAAAAAGAAAGAACACCACAAAGAGGUUAUUUCACAAAAUCCUGAAGAAAAGAAAAGAAUUGGUGGUAUACUUUCAUUAUUUUUGAAAAAACGUCCAAAUAAAACUGAUUUAGUCUCAAAAAAUAUUUUGGUUGAUGAUGGUACUACUGCUUCAACUUCAUCUUCAUCCUCAUCUUCUUCUUCUUCAAGUAAAUCAAGUAAAUCAAAGUCGAAAAAGAAAUAA